GAAGAGGGUGGCUGUUAGGCCUUUUUAGCUUUAUCCAGUACACAAGGUUCUGAAGCAACGAAGAUCAAAAGUAACAAGAGUUUAAUGGCUACUCUUGCUUCAUCAUCAUCCUCUCUUCUCUUCUCUUCACCACUCUCUAAGCCUUCUCAACCUUCACUCUCUCCUUCUUUACGCCUCUCUUUUUCCUCUUCUUCUUCUUCGUCUAAUUUCUCUUCUUUUCUCUCCAUUUCUCCUCCUUUCUUUACACAGCCUUUAAGUUCAAGAGGACCCUUUGUUUCUUCCUUCUCAGUCAGGGCCAGUGCCGCUGAGAAGAAGAAUGUCCUUAUAGUUAAUACAAACAGUGGUGGACAUGCAGUUAUUGGGUUCUAUUUUGCAAAAGAACUUCUGGGUUCUGGCCAUGAGGUCACCUUCUUGACUGUUGGUGAUGAGAGUUCUGACAAAAUGAAGAAGCCUCCAUUCAGCAGAUUCUCUGAAAUUACAGGUGCUGGAGGCAAGACGGUAUGGGGAGACCCAGCAGAAGUUGGAAAGGCUGUGGGAGGAGCAACAUUUGAUGUGGUUCUUGACAAUAAUGGCAAAAACCUUGACACUGUGAGGCCUGUGGUAGAUUGGGCAAAGAGUGCCGGCGUGAAGCAAUUCCUGUACAUCAGCAGUGCUGGAAUUUACAAGCCAACCGAUGAGCCUCCUCAUGUUGAAGGGGAUGUUGUUAAAGCUGAUGCCAGUCAUGUAGAAGUGGAGAAAUAUAUUGCAGAAACUUACAGCAGUUGGGCAGUUUUCCGUCCACAAUACAUGAUCGGAUCCGGGAACAACAAAGAUUGCGAGGAGUGGUUCUUCGAUCGAAUUGUCCGGAAAAGGCCAGUGCCAAUUCCAGGUUCAGGGAUGCAACUCACGAACGUUUCCCAUGUCAGGGAUUUAUCCUCCAUGCUUACUCUGGCUGUGGAGAACCCAGAUACGGCAAGUAGUAAUAUCUUCAACUGUGUGAGUGACCGUGCUGUGACUCUUGAUGGAAUGGCCAGACUGUGUGCUCAAGCAGCUGGGGUACCAGUUGAAAUUGUGCAUUAUGACCCAAAAGCUGUUGGAGUUGACGCAAAGAAGGCGUUUCCUUUCCGUAAUAUGCACUUCUAUGCGGAGCCAAGAGCUGCCAAGGACAUUCUGGGGUGGCGAAGUUCCACAAACCUACCAGAAGACUUGAAGGAGCGAUUUGAUGAGUAUGUCAAGAUUGGGCGUGAUAAGAAGUCCAUGCAAUUCGAGCUAGAUGAUAAGAUAUUAGAAUCCCUCAAGGUUCCAGUAACUGUGUGAUAUAUCAGAACUGCAAAUUUCCCUUUCCCUUUCUUCUGUCAAAAUUCUGACUAAUUUUAUCUUUUUAUCCAAAUUAAAUAAUUGAAAUAAA